AUGGGAAAGGGUUCUUGGGAAAGCCGAGCCGCUGCGAAGCGCGCUGAGACUCUGAACAAGAUCCGUCCGGAAUGGAGAUUAUCCCCACAAGACCUUGAACGCGCCCGUCAACAGCGCGACAUCACUGGCCCUUUCAUUCAACAGUUCCUGAACGAAGAUGAGAUUUCCAUUACCUCAAUGACAAGCGCACCCAUUUUAGAAGCCUUAGGUGACAGGAAGUUGUCGGCGGUUCAGGUCGCAACAGCCUUCUGCAGAAGGGCCGCUAUGGCACAUCAAAUUAAUAAUUGUCUGCAUGAAGUCUUCUUCGAUCAAGCAUUGGAACGCGCCAAUUAUCUGGAUGACUACUUCGCUAAGCAUGACAAGCCAGUUGGGCCACUUCACGGGCUACCUAUCAGUCUCAAAGACCAAUUCCACGUCAAGGGUGUCGAUACGACUAUGGGAUACGUCGGUUGGAUUGGGGGCAAUCUUGGUGUAUCAGACCCGGACAAAACUCACAAGGUUGAGAGCCAGAUCGUCACCGAGUUGCUGUCUCUGGGAGCGGUACUAUACUGCAAGACAAGUCUGCCCCAAACUCUACUUUUUGGAGAGACCAAGAAUAAUAUCAUCGGUCAGACCUUGAAUCCUAACAAUCAGAAUCUGUCUUGCGGAGGGUCGUCUGGUGGAGAAGCUGCCUUGAUGGCUUUGGGAGGGAGCUCUGUUGGUGUUGGCACAGAUAUUGGUGGAUCACUGCGCAUACCAACUGGUUUCUGUGGUAUCUAUUCCAUCAAGCCUACUUCGAAUCGACUUUCUUACCGCGAUGCUGCAAACACGAAUCCUGGACAAGACACCUACCGGUCAUCGCUUGGCUUCAUGGGUACUUCCAUUGAUGCGCUCGAGAUGGUGUUUAAAUCUGUUCUUGGUGCAGAGCCAUGGCUUCGGGAUCCAUCCGUCUUGCCGAUCCCUUUUAGAAAAGACAUAGUAGACUCGUAUCUAUCGAGGGCCGACUCAAAAGGCAAUGCCAAGUCAGGCGAGAAGCCCUUGAAGAUGGGUGUUCUUUGGUCAGAUGGGGUGGUUGGGCCUCAUCCUCCUGUUCUUCGUGGGCUUCGGGUUGUGGUUGAAGCUUUAAAAAAGGCUGGGCACAAGGUAGUAGACUGGGAACCGCCAUCGCAAGAAAGAGCUACGACCAUAAUCGGCGGCUUCUUUAGUGCAGAUGGAGCACAUGAUGUACACAGUCACCUAGAUCGAUCGGGUGAACCACUGAUACCAGACCUUGAAGACGGCUUCAAGCUCAAAACUCCCGCAGAGCUACUCAAGUAUCAAGACCUGACCUUGCAAGGUCUUACGUAUGAGCGAGAGUAUUCUGAUUAUUGGAACUCGACCGAAAGCCAAGACGGUAAGAUAUCAACAUUCAUAGUAUUUAGUCAGAGGCUGAUGUAUGUAGGCCAGAUUGUGGAUGCCGUUUUGAUGCCUGUUGCACCGCAUGCAGCUGUUAUACCUGGAAAGUUCUAUCAUGGAGCCUACACCGAUGCGAUGAAUGUGACCAACUACUCGGUUGUUGUCAUCCCUACCAUACGAGCUGAUGCGAACAAUGACGUCUUUGACAAUUCAUACAAACCCUUGGUAGAUGAUCCGGCUCUUUAUGACAAAGCUCCUGUAGGGAUUCAGAUUGUUGGACGAAAGUUUGAGGAAGAGAAAUGUCUGGCCAUCGCUCGAAUUGUCCACUCCAUUCUUCGAAGUUCGCUGUAA